AAAACAAAAAGCACCUUUGAGGCGCACCUCUGUCCUUUUAUGGAGCACACACACAUGUAAAUGUCCCAUUCCGGUGAAAGCACCUCUCAGACAUCUAGUGUCAGGAAUGGAAAUCACUUGACACCAGUGUCAACAAGUCGGAUCAGUUUGGUCGGUUUGUUUCGGCGGAUAUGAGGAAGAUCGGCCGUCAGUGCGGAAGAGCUGCGGGUGCGGAGAGGAGAGCGGUGCUGGUUGAAUGGCUGGAAACCCCGCAGCAGGACACGUCAGGGAUUUAAAGGCUUCUCCCUUGGAUCUGAACCUCCACGGACCCGAUGAACCGGCGGAAGACUUGGAGAACCAGAAUCUGUGGCCGAGAUCUCUGGCUCGAAAAUGGAUGGUGAUGCUGUUUCUGGGCACCUGCCUCCUGUACUGUGCCCGGAUGACCAUGCCGGUCUGCGCCGUCUCAAUGGCAGCCACUUUCCACUGGAGUAAAAUCGACUCCGGCCUCGUCCUGGGCGGCUUCUUCUGGGGCUACUGUUUCACUCAGAUCCUGGGAGGACAUGCCAGCGACAAAGUGGGGGGAGAGCGUGUCCUGUUCAUCUCUGCAGCUUCAUGGGCUGUGAUCACAGCUGGGACUCCUGUGCUGGCCCACAUGGGCUCCCACACCCUCGCUCUGAUGACGGUGGCCAGAAUCCUGAUGGGACUACUGCAAGGUGUUUUUUUUCCGUCUUUGGCAAGCCUGUGCUCGCAGCGUGUUGUGGAGGCUGAGAGAGGGUUUUUAAUGAGCGCCAUGCACAGCGGCACUCACCUUGGGACGCUGUUGGCAGGUGGAAUGGGGUCCGUCCUGCUCGACAGGAACGGCUGGGAAAGCAUGUUCUACUGCACUGGUUUCCUGGCUGGACUCUGGGCCAUUACAGUGUGGUAUUACUUAUUAAGAGGUGAUGUUACAAUGAAGCAGAUGGAAAAAAGAAGCCACGUUCAAUCAAGUUUGUCCAGCAAACGCUGGCUGUACCUUUUUAGAAAGCCUCCAGUUUGGGCCAUGGUGUUCGCUCAUAUGUGCACAUGCAGCACGUCCUACACUCUGUUAUCAUGGCUGCCAACGUACUUCAAAGAAUCAUUUCCUCAUGCAACGCCUUGGGUGUACAACGUAGUUCCAUGGUUAACAGCGAUCCCGUCGGCUCUUGGUGGAGGAUUUGUUUCAGAUUUCCUCAUCACCAGAGGAUAUGGUGUUGCAACUGUGAGAAAAAUAAUGCAAUUUGGUGCUAUGGGCCUCUCCAGUAUGUUCAUCUUACCUCUGUCUGGAGUUGUCCCCUUUACUACUGCAGUGGUCUUCAUUUCUGCUGCCGUCGGCUUGUCCACCUUCACCGGAGGUGGUGUUGCUGUAAAUGUGCAAGAUCUCACUCCAUCAUGUGCUGGUGCACUCUAUGGUUUUAUGAAUAUGAUGGGAGCCUUAAUGGGUCUGGUUCUGGUGUCCUUCUCGGGCUACCUGAUCGAAGUCACCUUGUCGUGGGCCACGGUCUUCUCCAUCAUCACUUUAGUAAAUGUCACAGGCCUUGGGAUCUUCCUUAUCUUUGGAGAUGCUCAACGUGUCGACCUGCAGGAUAACAGCCAGAUUAUUGUGGUUUGACACAGAAUGCCCUUACGUUUAGAUCAACUGUAGUUAGUCAACAAAUUUAGUAAAUUAUAUUUAUGUUAUUAUUUUAUUUUGAUAAGGAGGGGAAUUAUGUAGAAAAAUACAGCACAGUGUUUUUUUCUUUUGGAGGGAGAGCUUUCUCUCUGUCGUCAUGUCAAGAAUGUCUGUCAAGUCUGCAUACAUGCUGUUGAUCUGAAAUGAAGAAACUUUCUGAAUAUUUUUACUACUCAAAGCUAUCCUGCACAACAAUAUUACAUUAGAGUGGCUUUGUACAAACAUUAAUAAGAAAGUGUAUUUAAGAAAGAUUGAUUUGCUCAAGAGAACCUUUACUUUUAUAUAAGUAGAUUAUGCAAUUACACUCAUAAUAAUUUUAUUAUUGUUGUUUUUUCUAGCCUUUGCUUUAACUUAAAGCAAAGGCUAGAAACAAUAUAUUACAUGUUACACAACAGUGCUAAGUCUUUUGUUUCCUCUUCCUGAAAAUAAUUUACAAUUCAAAUGAAAAAAAAAACAACAAAACUUUACUAAUAUCAAAGAUUAAUCAAAGGUCAUUGUAACUCAUAUUGUGCAUGCUUCGUCAAAGAGUUGUUAUAGAUACAGAUGGCUGUGGGCAGUCCGGAUCUCCUUUGGAGAUCUGUAUUACAGCCGUCCUAAAAAAAGCCUCUGACUGAAAAUAACUGUGUUGUUGAAUAAAAGUCUGACGAAGAGGAUGCUUAGGGCUGUCUCCAGAGUAAAUUUCAUGAGGAUUUCUUCUUUGCAAAAUCAUCCGCGGAGGCAGAACAGAGCCAACCUAAUCAGCUUCUUUUUUCAGUCACUGCCACUCAUUGACAUCCCACAAGAACAUCACAGAUGUAUUGUAGUUAUUAAAGUUAAUGUACCUGCCAAAUGUCCCCAAAGCUUCUGAGAAAUUAAUGAAUUUAUAACAACAAAAUUUCUUUAACCACCAUGCUGGUCAAUCAAAACAAUCACAUGCAAGGCUCAUGCCAUCAUGUUAAAACAGUGGGGCAGCACAUACUGCAAAGGUUAAAUUUUAUUUUGAUAACAUUAUGCUGGUUGAUGAUAAAACAUCUCUUUAAAAAUCCAGAAUGGGAUACGCAGGCGAUACUUUAUGCACUUUUAUUUUUCGUUUCUGACCAUUUUCUCUACAGAGGCAGCUAGUUCUGUAAUGAUGUUAUGUCAGUUCAUCUGCAGCUUUUUUUCUAUCCUUUGCUACAAAUGUUCAGGUGUACACUAAAGAUAUGCUGUUAUUGCAUUUUAAGCAAUAAUGCUAAAUGUCUUUAAAAAAGAAAUUGAAUUAUUUACUUACUUGCAUUUUCUUUUUUAUGUUUUUCUACAGUUUAUACAGACAAGCUGUUCAAUGAAAAAUCUGCAAAAUGUGCCAAUUUUAUUUAUCCACUUACCUGGUUGAUUGUAUGAUUAAUUAAUUGAAUAUAUCAACCUUUUUAUCUUCAAAUGUGACUUAUGAAGCUUAGUUUAAAAACCCUCCCACUGAUAAUGAUGUUAACAGUGGCCAGGCACAUGACCUAGUUACAGAAUGUCAUCCAGGGAUGGAGACACUAGCUGUGCAACCUGCAACAAACAGCCUCUAAUCCUGUUCAAUAGGAUUCAUAUUUAUUAAACUAUACAUAAUCUUUAUAAUUCUAAAAGAAUAAUAUCAGAUUUCUUUUUCGUUUUGUCCACUGGUGUGUCCUCCUCUAAUCAUAUUUCCUGUAAAAUAAUUUCUUCUACUGUUUCCAGUUUAGACUCUGUUGUCUUAAAUGUUACUGAGGCCUUCUUUAAAAUUAAUGUCUAUGUCUGUGUUUCUCUUCGACCCCUGAGAUCUUUACAUAUUUUGUUUUUACAACAAUCUUUAAUUGACUUUUAUGUCUGUUGGAUUAACUCCAGACUACAUGUUUUUGCUGUAAAGUCGUGUGUUUAAUCCCUGUUACAUUGUAUAUAAUUACAUGCAUUUUGUAUACUUGUGUGUGUUAAAGUGAGAAUAAUUUAAUUAAUUCCUGGGCUGUUGCAACCUUGCCUAAAAUGGUUCUUGUUUAUGUAACUUGUUUUACAUUUCCUGCAUUUGUCUGGUUCUUUCUAGCUGGGAUUUUGUCUUUUUUUGCUCCAAAUCAAAGUCCAGCCAGUUGCGUUUUGUAUCUGACAAUGGGAACUGUGAGAUGUUACAAAUUUUCACAUGGGUGGGGUUAUUUAUGAGAUUUACUUUAAUACGUUGUUGAUUGUAAUUUAUCAUAAAUCUAUCUUCAUACAAAUA